CGGUGUUCGCAACGAAUAUGACGAAUUCUCCGGUUUCCUGCAAGCGUGAACCGUCGUCGUCGUCGUCGUCGUCGUCCGUCGUCAGCGUUGCCUGCAGCGUCGCCGUCGUAGCGCACCGAGAUCGCAUCAUCGUGUCGUGAAGUGAAGAAUCGGUGAGAGCGAGCCGAUAGGUGAGACAGUGACACGGCUCUAGUAGUUGGCAGUGAGGUGCUUACGCUUGCGUGCCCUUCGCAGGACGAACUGUGCACAACGAUCCUUGACGUGAAGGUGGUGGUGGUGGUGUUGGUGCGUGACUAUCGAAGCGAUUAACGCACGCUAGCCGCGUGCAGUGCUAGGUGAAUAGGUGUGCUCAAUAAAAGGCGGGAUUCAAUGUCAGCCCCGUAAGCAGGACUUCCAUCUAUGAAGGAUUGAUCGAAAACAGCACGGGCAGAAGGGAAGCAACACAAAACACAGACCGUAACCAAGCGUGGUGCAGCUCGACAUUCCGAUGGCAUGAGCCCGGAAUCGCCUCCUGCAGUGAGUGUCCUGUGAGUGAGGUUGGUGCUGUUUAUCGUGACCCAGUGAGCCUAAAACUUUGUGCUCACUGUAUAUCCCCGUGUUCCGUGUCAGCGAUUUGUCUUUUCCUCGGUGUAGCUGGUGCGGCAACCUCAACGACUGGAAAGGGAGCCACACUCCCCUACCAAGGAAUUCGUAGCUUAAACCAUUCGAUUGCAUCGCCACUCGUCGAACCAGGUGACCAGGGAAUGCGCAGACUAGCGAGCAGGCCGGGCAGCACACGGAAUGGAAAGCAUUCCACCAACCGUCCACGCCAGAUGCGCCAGUGUGCGGUGCUGCUGUAGCUGUGCCCGGGGGUAACGCGUAUGCCAUAGAGAGGACGGAACAUCGCUGGACCGGGUUGGCCAGUUGACUGUUAUUUUCUUUUCGUUUUUUAACCUCUUCCGUUUUUGGUCCGGUUACCUUUGUUUUUGUGUUUUUGUGUUUUUUUUUUUUGACUUGUGAUGUGCCUGACGAGCCACCCUCACUUGCUUCCGUCCGCAGACGAUCCGAUUUGAAACAAAUUUGCCUUAACACCGGGCUCAGUCCCGCUGAUUGUGCCCCCUUCCCCUGGCCAGUGGAAGUGAGAUGCGGGGGCAUGUUGGCUCAUAGUGCGUGGUAACCAAUCGAGUAGUGGACGAAUUAUCGGUCCUUCCAGUAGAAGGUGAGAGAAAAAAACGAACAAUUACAAACGUGAUACAAGACUGUCUACAUCAAAGGUUUUGGACAAGGAGUGCGUAAAAGUGCGUGGAAAAUCAUAAACGCGAGUGUGAGUGUGUGUAGUGGUUUUAUUUUUUCUUGCGUUGGCGAACCGCGAAAGUAGUAGGAGAGGCUUUUCGCGAGCAAGCCCCCAAAAAAAUACGAUAGACUCAUUCUCCAUUCGUUACUUCAAAGUCGAAGGUGACCAGUUUAAAAACUAUCGAAACACAAACGAAACAAACACGAAACGGCAACGAGGACGCCGCUCCAGCGCAGCCGCUACGGAUAGGCGGAGUAUGGACAGUAGUAUGGUCGAGGAGAACGGUUCCUCGGCGAUAGGCGAUCCGCUAGGUGGUGCUGGUGGUGGUGGUGGUGGUACCGGUCCAUCGGCUGGUGGUGAGGCGACCGGCGGCAGUGCUGGACGCGGCCCAGCUACGGGAGCGACGCAGCUGAACGAAAACAGCGGCACCUCCAGCAACGGUAACGGUAGCGGUGGUGCAGCGGUGGCGGCACCGACAGCAGGAGCAGCAGCCGGUGGUGGUGGAGGCGGUGGAGGUGGAUCCGGUGGCACCGGAUCGGCAGUGACAGCGCUGGGCGCACUUACCGGAGCAGCCGGUACGGCCCACUCCGAAGCGGUCCUAGUAUCCGCGGCAACGGCUGGGGCGGGACCAAACAUUGUUCAACUCAUACCGGCAUCGCAAACGGCCGGACAGGCUCAAUCCGUUAUACAGCAGAACCAGCAGUCAGUUAUACAAACGGCGGCUGGCAACGUGCCCAUCACGCGGGGCGUCCUAUUAGUCUGCAACAAACCGAACUCGGUGAUUCACACGACGACGGGCAACUUGCAAACGAUACACAUCAAACCAGAACCGCACAUCGGAACCGGAUCCAGCGGUAUCAUGACCGACACGAACAGUGAUGACACACUCUCGGACGAGGAGGCGUCCCCGAAGAAGCGGAGAGACCUGCUGACCAGGCGACCAUCCUAUCGUAAGAUAUUAAGCGAUCUCGGCGGAGCGGAAAUCGCCAACAACCCGAGCGAUGGUCCCGGACUGCAUACGAUAACGACCCCCGGCGGCGGGGUCGUCCAAUAUUCCCAGCCCCAGGAGGGCAUAUACGUACCUCAUAUUUUUCCCAACACAGUCAUGGGAGGUAACGUGCAGCUGGAGGACCAGUCCCGCAAGCGCGAGAUGCGGUUGCAGAAGAACCGGGAGGCGGCCCGCGAGUGUCGGCGCAAGAAGAAGGAGUACAUCAAGUGCCUAGAGAACCGGGUGGCUGUGCUGGAGAACCAGAACAAGGCCCUGAUCGAGGAGCUGAAGUCGCUGAAGGAGCUGUACUGCCAGCAGAAGAGCGACUGAGCGGCGUCCGGCGGUACAGGGCGCCACCAUGGCUAGCAGCAGCAGCAGCGGCAGCAGUAGCAUUACCAGUAGUGAGGGCACCAGGCGCACCAUCGGCUUAGAUGGUACCGCGCCGGUGUCGGAGGUGCAAGGACAUGGCGUUUCAACAGCGGCAGAGGAAAGGAAACCAAACCGGAGAAGCAUGGGCGGUAGAAUCGGUGGCGGGGCGUCGACGUUGAGUGAGCGGAACAUACCCAGCGGAACCAUCUCUUCCAUUGACCAUGGGACGGGACACGCCAUGCGUCCUCCCGUGCCCGCCAUACUUCGAUACUAGUCAGUUCUGCAGCGACCAGCGAGAGUCUAAGUGACGGAACUCAGAGCCGACAUCAAGUAGCGCGCGCAAUGAUCAUGAUUUUCGGAUGGACCGUUUGCGGAUAGGUUGGCUUCACAACAACACAACGACGACCCCUCCGGCAUUUGCCAAAAGCCACAUUAGUACAACGUCCAACACUUGAGAUGUACAGUUGAGAUACCCUCGAUAUAGUAGUACCGACGCUGCCCCCGAACUCUGCGGCGGUGCGGAAUGGAAUUGAGCGAACUGCUUUCCCAAUUCUGGAACCAUUUUGAUUGACCUAAUCACAGCACAUAUAUACACACACACAUGUCGAUGUUUGUUCCGUUUCAUUCGUCUCGGGCGGGGGAUCAAAACGGAUCAUUUUCAUCCUCCACAACCCGCGCCAGCGCGUAGGAAGAGAAGCGACGGUCGACGAAAGGCCCGAAAGGAAUGGUACAGUUUUCACUCAUUGUUGUGUCGUGCUCGUUGUUGUUAAAGAAGAAAAAAAAAGCAAAAACAAAACCCCGGAUCUUCCUCUCGGUUGGGAUCCACCCCCUGUUUUGCGACGUGUUUUUAUAUGUCCGAUGUUUUAUGUGUACAUAGGUGAUAAAUCAAAUGUUAAAAACAAAAUGAUAAACAAACAAACAAACAAAGCACCUGCGUGUGGUGGUGGUUUCGAGCUCGUCCAACCAGGAUAUGGCGAGUUAUUGAAAUUAAAGCGUCAUUUAAGUUGUAGUUAAGCAGGAAAAAGGAGAAUGAAAAACAUACAAACAAAAUCUUGAAUUAACGAGGGAGGAAAAUGAUUCAACCAUUCGGACAAGGUGAAGACUUUUACGUACAAUUACCAAUGACAGCUCCGCGAGCAUGUUUCUUAUCCGGUUUGCGUUCGAGCUGUGGUUUAACGCUGUUUGUUGGAAAAAGAAAACAAGGAAGGUCAAUCGCUACUGCACGAUGUACGCGCGUACUGCCGAGCUAAUAUUGUAUAUCGAGGGCUUAUUUAAUUACGUAUUUUAGCGUACCACAUCCAGAAGAUGUUGCUUACCACUAUGCUUACAAAGAUCACUAUGUUAAUUUUUUACAUUAUAGUCUAGCUCUAUAUGAUUACGACGAUAAAUUACUGUUCUUGUUAGUUUAGCCUCAUGUCUAACGUUUAUGGCGAGAGUUUUCUUUCCGUUCUUAAUUUCUUAUCUUUACCCGGUUCGCCCGAACAAUCGUCCUGUGGGAAGGCAGUGUGCAGUGCGAGUAAAAUUAGCUUACAAAAAAAAAAAAACAAAAAACAAACAAAGGGAACGAGGCAAAACAAGGUGUACAGCUUCACGUGGUUUUUGAUAUCAAACACUUUACC